UCAGCUGCGUGUGCGAGUGACAUUACGACGAGAACAUCGAAAGUGAUUUUUUGGAGUUGGAAACAAACCGCUAGUGUUUAGUGUACCGUUUACUGCUGUUGGUGAAUCUGUGCACCGUUGGUUGAUCAUCGACACAAGUGACACGCAAGCCUAUUGGCACACUUUGUGUUAAGAUUCGAGCAUAGUUUGCUGCUGAUUAUUCGUCGGAAUUAGUCACUGCCGAAAGAUUAAACCAUCAUGAAUAUGGCAAUGAAAAUUGUAUUUGCUCUAUUUUUCAUCAUCGCCGUUCUUGUAUGUGCAUUCGAGGGACAUCCGGUUCCAGAUCAUGCCAAGAUCCGCAUCCACGUACCCGUGAAACAUCACACGCAUUUGCACACGAAAACCAUCGUCAAAACGGUGCAUGUUGGGAUUCCGGUGAAGAACGUAAAAUCUCACGACGAUGAGCACGGAUGGGAGUACGGCAAGAAGAAGAAGGGUGCAGCCAGCAGCUAUCUAUCUUACAUUUAAGUUGUUUAAGCGCACCGGAAGUGCGUAAAUGUAGGCUUUUGGAAACCAAAAAGUAGCAUUAUUAAU